AUGAUGCCUGGGGGCUUAUCUGAGACCAAGUCUGCUACUCCAGAAGUCCAGCAUAUUGUUAACGAGGUGAAGCCACAAUUUGAAAGCAGGGAAAACAGGACAUACGGCAUCUUUAAAGCCAUAGUAUAUAAGACUCAGGUGGUUGCUGGGAUAAACUACUUCAUUAAGGUCCAAGUUUCCGAUACCGACUAUGUCCACUUAAGGGUGUUUCAGAGCCUUCCUCAUGAGAACCAAGGUCCCAGCCUUGUCAGUUUUCAGACUGGCAAAACCAGAGAUGAUCCUCUGACCUACUUCUGAGAGAUGACAAGGAAUGGUGCCUCACUUCUGCAAGUCGCAUGUGGAUUCUGCCUGUGUCAAUAAAUGCAUUAAAAUAAGUUUUGAAAGCU